AUGAAGAUCUCCUGCUUUCUGCUGCUGAUCCUCUCUCUCUACCUCUUCCCGGUCAACCAAGCUACUGAUCAGGACACAGCAAAAUGUGUCCAAAAGAAAAACGUCUGUUACUACUUUGAAUGCCCAUGGUUGUCUAUUUCUGUUAGCACCUGUUAUAAAGGAAAAGCCAAGUGUUGCCAAAAGCGAUAUUAG